AUGGCGCAGGUAGCAGAGGAGUCGCGGGCGCUGGAGAGCAAGGUGUUCCGCAGCAAAUACCGCCAAAUCAAGUCUAUCGGCAAAGGCAGCUUCGGCGAGGCGGUGCUCGUCCGCUCAAAGUCGGAUGGCAAGCGUUACGUGGCCAAGGCAAUCGACUCCAUCUCAAUGACGCCCAAAGAGCGGCGUGACGUGCAGAAUGAGAUUCGCAUUCUAGCGGCUGUCGACCACCCCAACAUCAUUCGCUACCACGAGCACUUCGAGGACGACACUCUCAUCUUCAUUAUCAUGGAAUACGCAGACGGCGGCGACUUGAGCUCCCGUAUAAAGGAGGCAAAGAAGCAAGACGUGCCGCAGCCCUUCGACCCGAACUUGGCGAUGUUCUGGUUUCUGCAGAUCUGUAUGGCGCUCAAGUACCUGCAUGACAACCACAUCCUUCACCGCGACCUCAAGACGGCCAACAUCUUCCUCACUUCCAAGAACGUGGUGAAGCUUGGCGACUUCGGUAUUUCAACCAUUCUGCAGAACACGAUGGCAUGUGCCAAGACGGUGUGCGGCACCCCCUACUAUUUCUCACCGGAGCUCUGCCAAAGCAAGCCGUAUAACAACAAGAGUGAUGUGUGGGCUCUCGGCGUCGUCUUCUACGAGACCCUCACCCUGCACCGCCCCUUCAACGCCAAGACGCUGAAGGACCUACUCAAGAAGAUCUUAGCAGGUAGCUACGACCCGAUCCCCACCACUAUUCCGGUGGAGAUGCGCUCCCUGUGUGCCAGCCUGCUGCAGGUGAACUACCUGCAGCGUCCCAGCAUCAACCGCAUCUUAGAGAGCCCCUACGUGCAAAGCACGCUGCGCAGCUUCAGUGAGGACCUGGCCCGCCAGGUGGAGAAGGACCACAUCGACUUCGAGGCGAAGAAGCUUAGCGAACGCGAGAAGCAUGCUAAGUCGAGCCCCAUCAAGGAGGAGGUGGCGAGGAUUUCACAGGAGCCGGCAAAACCGCAACUCAGCGAGCGCGAGCAGAUGGCGAUGCUGCGCGGCAUGGACCGGGAGAAGAUGAAGGCAAUGCUGGCGAAGCAGGCCGCUGAGGAAAAGUCUGCGCCGAAGACAGCAGCGGCACCUGAGCAGAUGUGCCAUCCCGACGUGGAUGACGAUGGCGACUACAUUGCGCAGAAGCAGGCCAUGGUGCAGAACACCAAGGAAAUUGUGGGCAAGUCGGACCUUGGCGGGCACCCAGAGGAGUUCGGCGACGGCCCCGCCGACAGCGCCCCACAGGUGGAGACGAUCACGCUGGCUAAUGGGCGCACGGUGCUUGCCUCCGACGUACGUGACCACCUGGAGGCGGAGAUGGGCUCCGAGCUGCUGAAUCUCGCUGUCGAGCUUUACAACUCUGGUAUGAUGAGCGGCCUCACCAACUCGGAGAUGCAGCACGAGCUGACUGAACUUUUAGGACCGAAAUUUGCGCACAACUCCAACGCCAUCACGAAGCUGGCCGUCUGGGAGGGGAAGCAGUAA